UGUCAGCGGAGAUGUGGGCCCCGCAGGAUCCAGAGGACGGGUGGGAUGGGUCUGCGAGGUGCUCCUGGACCCGAUGGUCCCAAAGGAAUGAAGGGAGAUCCAGGACCACAGGGCAUGCCUGGACCCGCUGGUGCUGCAGGACUAGAGGGACCUGCUGGCGAUGAUGGACCCAAGGGAGAUGCCGGCAAACCCGGUCCAGUGGGUGCAGUGGGUGCCAUGGGGCCGAUGGGUGCCCCCGGGCUGCGGGGAUACACCGGGCACCAAGGAGCCAGAGGAUCAGUGGGUGCCAAGGGCCAGCCAGGCCAGCAGGGUCCUCUGGGGCCACCAGGUGAAGCUGGAGCCACAGGGUUGAGCGGCACCGAGGGUCUGGCAGGUGCUAAGGGGGAGCCGGGCGAGCCAGGAGUACCGGGACCAAUGGGGUCUCCAGGACAAGCCGGUCCUGAAGGGUGGAAAGGCCGCAAAGGAGAAAAGGGUGAUGUGGGGCAUGAAGGACAACAAGGAGUCCCCGGAGAAGCUGGCAGACGGGGCAAGCGAGGCAAAGCUGGCCAGCAGCCCCCGAGGGGACCCCGGGGACACAAGGGCCAUCCAGGUGACAAGGGGCUGGAAGGACCCCAGGGACCCCAAGGACCCCAUGGCAUUCCAGGGCUGAAGGGCAUGAAAGGAGACCCUGGACUGAAAGGACCCAAGGGCGAGAAGGGCAGCACAGGGGAGCGGGGCCAGCAAGGGGACGAUGGCUUCAAGGGCAAGCUGGGAGCCCAGGGCAUCCCUGGAAGGCCAGGACCCAAGGGACAGCCGGGUGACACUGGCCCCCCCGGCACACAGGGACACCCUGGCACCCCCGGGACACCGGGCUUGUCUGGACCCAAAGGGCUGAAAGGCUUCCCAGGGCUGCCGGGACCCAGGGGUGCACCAGGGCUGCCAGGCCCCCCUGGCCCCCCUGGCCCCAGUGGACCCGUGCUGAUGCUGUCCAGGGAGGAGCUACAGCACCUCAUUUAUCCCUCCAACCACCUGAACUACACUGCGGUCUGGGCUCUGCUGGACACCCUGAGCCAGGAGCUGCAAGCUCUUGUGGAGCAUCCCAAUGGCACCAAAGCCAACCCAGCAGCCACCUGCAAGGAGCUGCUGCUGGCUCACCCUCACCUCCCUGAUGGGCAAUACCACAUUGACCCCAACCAGGGCAGCUCCCAGGAUGCGCUGGUGGCCUUCUGCAACUUCACAGCGGGGGGUGAGACCUGCAUAGCCCCCAUCCACAACCAGGUCCCCAUCAAGGCUUGGCUGAGCACUUACACCUCUGAGAACACCUUCGAGUGGUUCAGCACCCUGCCCGGGGGCUUCCUGCUGGAGUACGCAGGGGCCAGCGCAGUGCAGCUCCGGUUCCUGCGCCUGCACAGCCGCCUGGUCACACAGAAGGUCUCCUACUCCUGCAGACCGGCCCCGCAGCAGGGCCAGCCCCAGCUCCAGAAAGAAAUCCGCUUCCUGGCCGAUUCCCGGGAGCAGAGCUAUGCAGCCAGCCUGCAGGGCUGCCUGCUGGACAACGACUCCUCCAUCACCGACACCAUCUUCCACUUCGCCAGCGAAGAGCUGACCCUGCUGCCGCUGCGGGACCUGGCCGUGUUCCACAAUGGAGAUGCCUCACACCAGUUCGGUUUCACAGUGGGACCAGUUUGCUUCAGCUGA